AUGGUGGGUGGCACUGCAGAGGCAGAGUCCUCAAUGGUGGUGGCUCUGCAGGGACAAAAGAGGGCUGACCCUACUGAGCUGAAAGCUAUUUUCAUAAAGUAUGCCAGCAUCCAGAAGAACGAUGAGGCCUUCAUGUCUCCAGAGGACUUUGUGGCCCGGUUUCUCUAUGCACACACUGACAUCAGGCUGUCUGACGAGGCCACCUCACUGCUGGCUGGGGUGGUGGACCAGAAGAAAGAUGGGUUGAUCUCCUUCCAGGAAUUUGUGGCCUUUGAGUCAGUCCUCUGUGCUCCAGAUGCGCUCUACGUGGUUGCCUUCCUGCUGUUCGACAAGACGGGCAAAGGAGCAGCCACCUACGAGGACGUGAAGCAGGUCUUCAGCCAGACCACCAACCAUCAGCACAUCCCCUUUAACUGGGAUUCUGAGUUCAUGCGGCUGCACUUUGGCAUGGAGAGGACCAAGCACCUCAGCUAUGGAGAGUUCACCCAGUUCCUCCUGGAGAUGCAGCUGGAGCAUGCGCGGCAGGCCUUUGUUCAGAGGGACAAGGCCCACAGCGGCUCCAUCUCCGCCCUGGACUUCAGGGACAUCAUGGUCACCAUCCGGCCCCACAUGCUCACACCCUUUGUGGAGGAGAGCCUGGUGGCGGUGGCCGGGGGCAGUACAUCUCACCAGGUCAGUUUCUCCUACUUUAACGGCUUCAACUCUCUCCUCAACAACAUGGAUCUCAUUAGGAAGAUCUACACCACACUGGCUGGGAGCAGUAGAGUCCUGGAAGUCACUAAAGAGGAGUUCAUCAUUGCGGCCCAGAGGUUUGGUCAGGUGACUCCAAUGGAGCUGGACAUCCUGUUCCAACUGGCCGACCUCUCUGAGUCCCGGGGCCGUGUUGGUCUGGUGGACAUUGACAGGAUAGCUCCACUGGAGGAGGGGGCCCUCCCAUACAACCUGGCCGAGGUCCAGAGACAGCAACUGUCCGGUGGUGACCCGUCCCGAUCUGUUCUCAUCCAGGUAGCAGAGUCCGCCUACAGGUUUGGCCUCGGCUCCAUCGCUGGCGCUGUGGGAGCCACAGCAGUGUACCCCAUAGACCUAGUGAAGACCAGGAUGCAGAACCAGAGGACCACAGGCUCCCUGGUGGAAGAGCUCAUGUACAAGAACAGCUUGGACUGCUUCAAGAAGGUGCUGCGCUACGAAGGCUUCUUCGGCCUCUAUAGAGGUCUGGUACCACAGCUACUGGGCGUGGCCCCGGAGAAAGCCAUAAAGCUGACAGUGAAUGACUUUAUCAGAGGGAAGACCAGACAGAAAGAUGGAUCAAUCCCUGUACCUGCUGAGAUCCUGGCUGGUGCAUGUGCGGGUGGAUCCCAGGUGAUCUUCACCAACCCUCUGGAGAUUGUGAAGAUCCGCCUGCAGGUGGCUGGAGAGAUCACCACCGGCCCCCGCGUCAGCGCCAUAUCUGUCAUCAAGGACCUGGGUUUCUUUGGCCUCUACAAGGGAGCCAAAGCCUGUUUCCUGCGAGACAUCCCCUUCUCAGCCAUCUACUUCCCCUGCUAUGCGCAUGUCAAGGCCUACAUGAGUGAUGAGGAUGGGAGGAUCGGACCAGGCAAGCUGCUGUUUUCAGGGGCCAUAGCAGGCAUGCCCGCGGCUUCCCUGGUGACCCCGGCCGACGUUAUCAAGACCAGGCUACAAGUGGCGGCCCGUGCCGGCCAGACCACGUACACCGGUCUCGCUGACUGCUUCUGGAAGAUUCUGAAGGAGGAGGGACCACGGGCCUUCUGGAAAGGAGCGGGAGCCCGAGUGUUCCGGUCCUCGCCCCAAUUUGGGGUCACCCUGGUGACCUAUGAACUCCUGCAGAGGUGGUUCUACAUUGACUUUGGCGGACAAAAGCCGUCUGGUUCGGAGCCGACUCCCAAGUCUCGCAUCAGCCUGCCGGCGCCCAGCCCCGACCACAUUGGAGGUUUCAGGUUGGCCGUGGCCACGUUCGCUGGCACCGAGAGCAAAUUUGGACUCCACCUCCCAAGAUACAACGUUCAAGUAACCCCCCCGUCCAAGAAGGACGCCCCUUGA